AUGGGUACUACUAUUCAUCAGCUUGCUUGUGUUCGUGAAACUCAACAAUCGAAAAUAAUUGAUAUUGAACAAUUAAAAAGUAUGUCAAAUGGUACAAUUAAUUCUGAUUAUUUAACUAGUAAAUUAAUUGAAAUGCAAGAAUUAAUGGAUCAUCAAUGUAAUGAAUUAAUAUCAGCACGUUCACGUAUACAUGAAUUAAUAAAUCGUAAUAAAGAAUUAGAAGAACGUUCAUGUUUAUUUCAACGUGAUUUAUCACAUACAUAUGAACAAAUAAAUAAAUAUCAACGUGAUUUAAAAGAAUCUCAAGCACAAAAAGAAGAUCAAGAAGAACGUAUAUCAACAUUAGAAAAACGUUAUUUAAAUAUACAAAAAGAAACAACACAUUUAAAUGAAUUUAAUAAUCGAUUAGAAAAUGAAUUAUCUACAAAAGAAACACAAUUACAACAUGCUGAAGAAAAACAUCAAGCAUUACAAGAUAAAUAUGAUUUAUUAGAACAAAAAUUUCAAUAUCAAAAUGAAAUUGAUUUAUCAUCAAAACAAAAUGGUCAAAUAUUAACACCAUAUUCAACUAAUGAAGAUAAAUUACAUCAACUUCAAAAUGAAUAUGAUGAUCUACAAAUAGAAUUAACACGAGCUCGUCAACGUGAAAAAGUAACUGAAGAACAUAAUAUUCGUUUAUCAGCAACAGUUGAUAAAUUACUUGCUGAAUCUAAUGAACGUUUACAAAUACAAUUAAAAGAACGUAUGCAAUUAUUAGAAGAAAAAAAUAAUUUCACACAAGAAAAUGAAAAAUUAAAAAAACAAUUAGAUGAAAUACAAAAUGAACGAACAAAAUUUUUAGAAGAAAUUGAUAAACUUAAAAAUGAACUUGAUUAUGUUCGACGAGAAUUACAAAAUAUAAAACAACAAAAAACUGAAACAAUUUUAAAUUCUUCUCAAAAUAAUUUUAAUAGUACUUCACAAUCUAUUCCAAUUAUAAUAGAUACAUCAAAUAGACGUAGAAAUAUGACAACACCAAUUGUUAAUGAUCAUAUAUUACAAGUAUCUGAAGCUGAUUGGGAUACAAUUGAUCAAGCUCAAGUAAUAAAUGAUGUUCGUUUAGCAUUUGAAUCUUCUGAUGUUGAAUUAACAACUGAUGAUGAUGAUAGUUUAUAUCAACAUCAACAUCCGGUGAUAAUAAAUAAUGAUUCAACACAUCAUCAUAAUGGUGAUGCUCAAACAUUAGCACUUGUUUUACAAGAACAACUUGAUGCUAUUAAUAAUGAAAUACGAAUGAUUCAAGCUGAAAAAGUUGAUACUGAAUUACGUGCUGAAGAACUUGAAUCACGUGUUGUUGGAAAUUCAAUUUAUCAUUUACAUAAUGAAAAUGAUAAUGAUAAAAAUAAUGAAAAUACAAAUCAUAAAUUAAAUUCACAAUAUCAUUCAAUAUCAAUAACAAAUGGAAAUAUAAAUCAUUAUAAUAAAAAUUUAAUACAAAAUUCAUUAUCAACAAUAAAAUCAAAUAUAAAUACAAAUUAUAUUGGACGUUCAUCAUCACAUACAACAUCAAUAUCACCAAAUGGAAAAACUUAUAAAGUUAAUACUACGUCUUCUAAUAUGUCAACAUCAAAUAUGUAUCCAUUAGAUUCUAAUGAUUAUGAUCAAACAAUGCAUCGUCAAUCACCACGUUCAUUUCAUAAUGAUUAUAGUACAAUAACACGUUAUGAAAAAUGUGAAUCAAGUCCAUCAAUAACACCAGCACGAGUAACAACAAAUAUACGUACAGCUACACCACAUCAUGUUUAUCAUUCAUCUUCAAGUAUUCAAAAUCAAUAUAGAAUUAGUACAGCACCAUCAAGAACAAAUAUACAACAUAAUGAUGAUAAUACAAAACAUUAUGUUUCAAAUCCGUCCACAUUUCAACCAACAUCAAUAUCAUCUGUAGUUAAUCAAGAUUCUCCAAGUCCAAUAAGUUCUCAAAAUUCAACAUCAGGUGAUGAUAAUAGUAUCUAUAGUCGAAAUCAACAACAACAACAACAGCAACAACAAAAAAAGAAAGGUAUUCGAAAUUCAAUUGGACGUUUAUUUACACGUAAACCUGAUCUUAUUGAUAAUAAACCAAUACAUGAAAAUAUUCAUUCAAUAUCUUAUAUUUCUCGUGCAUCAUCUGUACCAGUUGAUAAUGAAAUGACAGAAUCAACAACUGGUACAUUACUUAGUUUAGGUAAAACUGAAUUUGAUCGACGUAUUAAAAAAAAACAAGAAUUACUUGAAGAUGCAAUACAAAAUAAUCGAUCAUUUCCAACAUGGGAUGGUGCAACUGUUGUUGCUUGGCUUGAAUUAUGGGUUAAAAUGCCAGCAUGGUAUGUAGCUGCAUGUCGUGCUAAUGUUAAAUCAGGUGCAAUUAUGUCUGAAUUAAAUGAUGAAGAAAUUCAACGACAAAUUGGUAUUAGUAAUCCAUUACAUCGACUUAAAUUACGAUUAGCUAUACAAGAAAUAUUAAAUUUAACAUCACCAAAUGGACCUCGAACAUCUGUAACAUCAUUAGCUUUUGGUGAAAUGAAUCAUGAAUGGAUUGGUAAUGAAUGGUUACCAAGUUUAGGUUUACCACAAUAUCGUACAAAUUUUAUGGAAUGUCUUGUCGAUGCAAGAAUGCUUGAACAUUUAAAUAAAAAAGAUUUAAAUAAACAAUUAAAAAUGGUUGAUAGUUUUCAUCGUACAAGUUUUCAUUAUGGUAUUAUGGUAUUAAAACGUAUAAAUUAUGAUAAAAAAGAACUUGAUCGAAGACAUGAAGAAUCAUUAAAUGAAAAUCGUGAUGUUAUUAUAUGGACUAAUGAAAGAGUUAUUCAAUGGUUAACAACAAUUAAUGGUUUAAAAGAAUAUGCUAAUAAUUUAAUAGAAUCUGGAAUACAUGGUGGACUUAUUGCACUUGAUGAAACAUUUGAUUAUAAUGCAUUAGCAUUAGCUUUACAAAUACCAAAUCAACAAACAUUAACACGUCAGAUUCUUGAACGAGAAUUUCGUAUUCUAAUUGCAAAUGGUACAGAUCGAAAAAUGGAUGAAAAUGAUCGAGCAAAAUUAAAACGUCAUCCAUCAUUAUUUGCAAGAAAAUUAAAAUUCAAACCAAUCAAUGGAGAUUUAACAACUCAUAAUGGAACUGAUGCAUCCAUAACUAUUCAAAAUGAUGAAUCAUAA